AUGCCUUUUGUUUCCAAAGCCCCUUGUGCCCCUGCUUUGGUUGAAGCGGCUGUACGGUGCGAAGAUAAUGUAGCAUUGGUGACUUGGGAACAGAGUGAGGGGGCAGAACUCUAUACUGCAACAGCACAAACGCAUAAUGGCCAUGCAUCGUGGUGUAAUACAACUGAAACACGUUGUGAUCUGCCUGAACUGUGGUGUGGGCAGACAUAUGAAGUAACUGUAGAGGCAAUGACUGGCAACUGCAGAACACCAUGUGUUCCACAGCACAUUGAGGCUGCUGUAGCCUGUGAUAAAAACAGUGCAUUGAUUCAGUGGGGACACACUGAUGGGGCAAAGUCAUACACUGCAAUAACAGAAGGAAGCAAUGGAGAUCACAUUGCAUGCAGUUCAAGUGACAUAUUCUGUGAAGUUCAAGAACUUUACUGUGGCCAAGAAUACAGCUUCCACGUCAAAGCUGCUAAUGAGAUGUGUGAGAGUGCAAUGAAUUCCAGCUCCAUUGUUCACACAGCACCAUGUGCACCAGAGGAUGUUGAAGCCCGCUGGAAUUGUGGAUCUGGUAUGGCAGUGGUUUCAUGGAGUCAGAACAGUGGAGCAUUGCAGUACAUUGCAACUGCAGAGGGAAACAACGGCCACACAGAGUACUGCACUACCACAAAUGGAAACUGCACAAUGUAUAACUUAGAGUGUGGGCAAAGAUACACUAUCACUGUUACUGCACAAGGCUACUCAUGUGACAGCACACCAAGUCGCAGCUUCAAGCUCUAUACAGAGAAUGUGGAAACAACUGAAAAGGAUUUGACAGGACAAUCAGGGCAGCCUGGGGUAGGGGCUUCGGGACCCACUGCCAGAGAUGUAAUUACUGUUAGUGGACGUCUCUUUGAGGACAGCUGCGGCACCUCUUGUAUCCCACUAAAUGUUGAAGUACAACUGACUUGUAAUGAAAAUACAGCACUGGUGCUGUGGGACUCCAGUAAAGGAGCACUGUGGUACACUGCCAUUGCAGAAGGAGCUGAUGGGAACACCAUGUCAUGUAGAACAUCAGGAACAUCAUGUAGAACACCCAUGUUACUCUGUGGCCAGUCAUAUUCUGUAUAUGUUGUAGCAUCUGACAGGACUUGUACCCACUCUCUGAGUUCAGUGGUUAAAAUUCAGACAGCCCCUUGCAGUCCCCGGAAUGUAAAUGCUUAUUUGGACUGUGCAACACACACAUCAGUAUGGUGGGAUCAGAGUGAAGGUGCAAUGUUCUACACUGCCUUUGCAGAAGGAAUGGAAGGAGAUGAGUACUCAUGCAAUGCAACAGAAGCAAACUGUGAGAUCGUAGGCCUUUCAUGUGGCCAGAUGUACAGUAUAACUGUGUUAGCAAUGGACGAGAAUUGCACCAGUUUACCAAGUCCAGCUUUUGAAAUUGAGACAGUGCCUUGUAUCCCACAGAAUGUGGUAGCUCACAUCAACUGCGAAAAUAACACUGUCUCAGUGUAUUGGGAUCCCAGUAAUGGCUCAGAAUCAUACCAUGUAACAGCACAAGGGACCAAUGGCCAUUGGGCCUUCUGUAAUACAACAGGCACCGAAUGUGAGGUCUCCGACGUGUAUUGUGGACUGUACUACUAUAUAACUGUACAAGCAAUCCGCAUGGAGUGUAACAGCUCACAAAGCUCUGCUUUAGCAAUCAAAACAGUACCAUGUGUCCCCCAGAAUAUUAAUGCCUACUUGGACUGUGGUGCUGGACAUAUGUCAGUCUCCUGGGAGUUCAGUAAAGGUGCAACAUCAUACAUUGCUACUGCAGAAGGAAGUGACGUGCUGCAAUGCAGCGCCAAUGAUACGCUGUGUGAUAUCACUGACCUGUCCUGUGGAGAGACCUACACUGUCACAGUUCGUGCGCACGAUGAUACGUGUGACACUGCUGAAAGUCCUUCCAUCACAAUGAGAACAGUUUCAUGUAUCCCACAGAUCUUGAUGUCCAGCUGGACUGUAACACAAACGAUGCUUCAGUGUUGUGGAGCCACACUAAAGGUGCAGUGUCUUACUCUGCAACAGCAGAAGGAAGUGAUGGGCACACAGUUUCCUGACUUUGUUGAGACUAAACUAAUUAAAAUUAUCAAAAACCUGAUUGAUAGAUUUUUUAUUAUAUCUGAAUGUAAAGAGAAGUUCAGCCAAGACACAGCACCAUGUGCCCCAGAUGAAAUCAUUGCCAAUGUGGAUUGUAACUCCAAUAGAGUGGUGGUAUCUUGGGGAAGGACUGGUGGAGCGAUCUCAUAUGAUGUAACUGCAGAAGGACGUGAUGGACAUAUACACUCACACAACACAACAGAGACACGCUAUGAAAUGUUGGAUUUACACUGCGGGCAGUUCUAUAACAUAACAGUAACAACACUGAGUUAUAGCCGGCAUGGCAUUUCAAGUACUUCUGUCCAAAUCCAAACUGCACCAUGUGUUCCUGAGAAUCUAACAGCUGAGCUGAAUUGUGAUUUGAAUGCAAUAUCCUUCUGGUGGGAUGAGACUGAUGGAGCAAAGUUAUACACCGUGACUGUUCAAGACAGUCAAAGAGUUGUGGCUUUAUUCAACACAAGUGAUACAAGGGCUCAAAUCCAAGACCUGCAGUGUGGUGAAUAUUAUACAAUCUCUGUUCUAGCAACAGAUGACAUCUGCAGGAGACCCCAGGAUGCAGUGGUGAAUGUACAUUCAGUCCCUUGUGACCCACAGAAUGUCAAAGUACAACUGGAUUGUAACCUCAAUACAGCGCUGGUAUUGUGGGACUACAGUAAAGGAGCACUAUGGUACACUGCCGUUGCAGAAGGAGCUGAUGGGAACAACAUAUCAUGCAGCACAUCAGAAACAUCAUGUAGAACACCCAUGUUACUCUGUGGCCAGUUAUAUUCCAUAUAUGUUGUAGCAUCGGAUAGCACAUGUAACCAUUCUGCGAGCUCAGCAAUUGAAAUUCAGACAGCUCCCUGCACUCCCCAGAAUGUAAGUGCACAUUUAGACUGUUCAACACACACAACAUCAGUAUGGUGGGAAGAGAGUGACGGUGCAGUGUUCUACACUGCCAUUGCAAAAGGAAUGGAAGGAGAUGAGUACUCAUGCAAUGCAACAGAAGCAAACUGUGAGAUUGUAGGCCUCCCAUGUGGUCAGAUGUACAGUAUAACCGUUUUGGCAAUGGACGAGAAUUGCACCAGUUUACCAAAUCCAGCUUUUGAAAUUCAAACAGUACCUUGUAUCCCACAGAAUGUGGUAGCUCACAUCAACUGUGAAAAUAACACUGUGUCAGUGUUUUGGGAUCCCAGUAAUGGCUCAGAGUCAUAUCAUGUAACAGCACAAGGGACUAAUGGCCAUUGGGCUUCCUGCAAUGCAACAGGCACUGAAUGUGAGGUCUCCAACGUGUAUUGUGGACUGUACUACUAUAUAACUGUACAAGCAAUCCGCAUGGAGUGUAACAGCUCUCAAAGCUCUGCUUUGGCAGUUAAAACAGUACCGUGUGUCCCCCAGAAUAUUGAUGCUUACAUGGACUGUGAUGCUGGACAUAUGUCAGUGUCCUGGGAGUUUUGUGAAGGUGCAACAUCAUACAUUGCUACUGCAGAAGGAAGUGACGUGCAGCAAUGCAGCGCCAAUGAUACGCUGUGUGACAUCACUGACCUGUCCUGUGGAGAGACCUACACUGUCACAGUUCGUGCGCACGAUGACACGUGUGACACUGCUGAAAGUUCUUCCAUCACAAUGAGAACAGUUUCGUGCAUCCCACAGAAUCUCGAUGUCCAGCUGGACUGUAACACAAACGAUGCUUCAGUGUUGUGGAGCCACACUAAAGGUGCAGUGUCUUACUCUGCAACAGCAGAAGGAAGUGAUGGGCACACAGUUUCCUGUGAGACAGCCAACAGAGAAUGUCAGAUAACCAACCUAAACUGUGGACAGGUGUAUAAUUUAACUCUGACAGCAUUGGACGGUGUGUGUGACACCUCACAAAGCUCGCAGUUUGAAUUCAACACUGCCCCAUGUGCACCUGAGAACAUUUCCACCAGUCUGAACUGUGACACAAAGAGUACAUCAGUGACCUGGGAGAAGGCUGAUGGUGCCAUGUGGUACAUUACAACAGCAGAAGGACAAGAUGGACACAUUUCACUGUGUAACACUACGGGGACAAGCUGUGAUUUUAUGGACCUGCACUGCAGUCAAAAAUAUUCAAUAACUGUAACAGCAAUGGACGGUUACUGUCAAAGUAUGAACACUUCAGUGUUUGAAACUGAGACAGCCCCUUGUCCCCCUCAGAACGUACAAGCUGAUUGUGCUGCUGUCACUGCCUUUGUAACAUGGGAGCCGAGUAAUCUCACAGUGUGGUACAGUGCGACAGUGGAGGGGAGUGAUGGACACAUGGCCGCCUGUACCACAGCUGAAACAAACUGUCUCAUCCCAGAUCUUCACUGUAGCCAAAUAUACAGCAUCUCUGUACUCGCAUUUGGUGAAACCUGCAGCAGCCUCCAAAGCUCUAGUUAUGAAAUUCACACAGCACCAUGUGCCCCAGAUGAACUCAUUACCAACGUGGAUUGUGACUCCAAUAGAGUGGUGGUAUCUUGGGGAAGGACUGGUGGAGCGAUCUCAUAUGAUGUAACUGCAGAAGGAAGUGAUGGACACAUACACUCACACAACACAACAGAGACACGCUAUGAAAUGCUGGAUUUACACUGUGGGCAGUUCUAUAACAUAACAGUAACAACACUGAGUUAUAGCCGGCAUGGCAUUUCAAGUACUUCCGUCCAAAUCCACACUGCACCAUGUAUUCCUGAGAACCUAACAGCUGAGCUGAAUUGUGAUUUGAAUGCAAUAUCCUUCUGGUGGGAUGAGACUGAUGGAGCAAAGUUAUACACCGUGACUGUUCAAGACAGUCAAAGAGUUGUGGCUUUAUUCAACACAAGUGAUACAAGGGCUCAAAUCCAAGACCUUCAGUGUGGUGAAUAUUAUACAAUCUCCGUUCUAGCAACAGAUGACAUCUGCAGGAGACCCCAGGAUGCAGUGGUGAAUGUACAUUCAGUCCCUUGUGACCCACAGAAUAUCAAAGUACAACUGGAUUGUAACCUCAAUACAGCGCUGGUGCUGUGGGACUCCAGUAAAGGAGCACUGUGGUACACUGCCAUCGCAGAAGGAGCUGAUGGGAACACCAUGUCAUGCAGCACAUCAGAAACAUCAUGUAGAACACCUAUGUUACUCUGUGGCCAAUUAUAUUCUGUGUAUGUUGUAGCAUCUGACAGGACUUGUAACCAUUCUCUGAGUUCAGCAGUUGAAAUUCAGACAGCUCCCUGCAGUCCCCAGAAUGUAAGUGCUCACUUGGACUGUGCAACACACACAAUGUCAGUUUGGUGGGAGGAAAGUGACAGUGCAAUGUUCUACACUGCCAUGGCGGAAGGAAAGGAGGGAGAGGAAUACUCAUGCAAUGCAACAGAAGCAAACUGUGAGAUCAUAGGCCUCCCAUGUGGCCAGAUGUUCAAUAUAACUGUGUUAGCAAUGGACAAGAAUUGCACCAGUUUACCAAGUCCAGCAUUUGAAAUUCAAACAGUGCCUUGUAUCCCACAGAAUGUGGUAGGUCACAUCAACUGUGAAAAUAACACCGUCUCAGUGUUUUGGGAUCCCAGUAAUGGCUCAGAAUCAUACCAUGUGACAGCACAAGGAACCAAUGGCCAUUGGGCCUCCUGCAACACAACAGGCACUGAAUGUGAGGUCUCUGACGUGUAUUGUGGACUGUUCUACUAUAUAACUGUACAAGCAAUCCGCAUGGAGUGUAACAGCUCUCAAAGCUCUGCUUUAACAAUCAAAACAGUACCGUGUGUCCCCCAGCAUGUUGAUGCUUACAUGGACUGUGAUGCUGGACAUAUGUCGGUCUCCUGGGAGUUUUGUGAAGGUGCAACAUCAUACAUUGCUACUGCAGAAGGCAACAACAUGCAGCAAUGCAGCGCCAAUGAUACGCUGUGUGACAUCACUGACCUGUCCUGUGGAGAGACCUACACUGUCACAGUUCGUGCGCACGAUGACAUGUGUGACACUGCUGAAAGUCCUUCCAUCACAAUGAGAACAGUGUCGUGCAUGCCACAGAAUCUCAAUGUCCAGCUGGACUGUAACACAAACGAUGCUUCAGUGUUGUGGAGCCACACUAAAGGUGCAGUGUCUUACUCUGCAACAGCAGAAGGAGGUGAUGGGCACACAGUUUCCUGUGAGACGGCCAACAGAGAAUGUCAGAUAACCGACCUACAGUGUGGACAGGUGUAUAAUUUAACUCUGACAGCUCUGGACGGUGUGUGUGACACCUCACAAAGCUCUCAGUUUGAGUUCAACACCGUAAUUAUUGCUUCAGAUAGUCAAGUAUUUUAA